UUACUGUCUAGGAAGUUAAAAAUAUUCAACCUGGAAGACAGCGAAACAAUAUUGCGCGUGCAUUUCCUCAUCAACACAUCUUGUGAUUUGUUGCUUUUUUAAUUGAAUAAACUACAUUACCUUUCUGAAUCAUGCUUUCGACUGCCGUUCAGGUGUUGCAGAUACUGUAGAUCUGUACUGCUCUAGUACUUCCUUGUUUACAUGAAUAGUAUCAUUUCUUUCGAGGUCUUCGAUUUGAGGAAGGGGGACAAUGUUUCCUGUAACAUUGAGUUGUAUGAUUGCCACUGCAAUUAUCUUGCUGUCAUGCCCCCUGUUUUUAGAGGGUAAACAGCCGCCGCACAUAGUAUUCAUUUUAGCUGACGACUUCGGCUGGAAUGAUGUUGGAUACCACGGUUCAGAGAUCAAGACGCCGAAUCUGGACAAACUGUCAGCUAAAGGUGUCCGGCUGGAGAAUUACUACGUCCAGCCUUUAUGUACACCUUCCAGGAACCAAUUUAUGACCGGAAGAUAUCAGAUCCACACAGGAAUGCAGCACCAGAUCAUCUGGCCGUGCCAGCCCUACUGUGUCCCUCUGGAUGAGAAGCUGCUGCCACAGCUGAUGAGAGAGACAGGCUAUGCCACCCACAUGGUGGGAAAGUGGCACCUGGGCAUGUACCGCAAAGACUGCCUGCCAACACGCAGAGGGUUCGACUCCUAUUUCGGCUAUCUGACAGGCAGUGAGGACUACUUCAGUCACCAGCGCUGCAGUCAUGUCCCUCCCCUGAACGUGACCCGCUGUGCCCUGGACCUGAGAGAGGGGGAGGAGGUUGCUACGGGAUACACAGGGACCUACUCCACUCAGCUGUUUACUGACCGGGUUACCAGCAUCAUCGCUAAACACAACUCCAAAAAGCCCCUCUUCCUCUACGUGGCUCUUCAAGCGGUCCACGCCCCUCUACAAGUUCCAGAGCGCUACGUCGCCCCCUACAGUUUCAUAAAGGACCCGAACCGCAGGCUGUAUGCUGGUAUGGUGUCCGCCAUGGACGAGGCUGUGGGCAACAUUACGCUGGCACUGCAGGAGACCGGCCUCUGGGACAACACUGUACUGGUCUUCUCUACAGAUAACGGGGGUCAGACUCUGGCUGGGGGUUCUAACUGGCCUCUGAGAGGCAGGAAGUGGUCACUGUGGGAGGGUGGGGUUAGGGGCGUUGGCUUCGUGACUAGCCCUCUGCUGAAACAACCUGGGACCGUCAGCCGCCAACUCAUACACAUCUCUGAUUGGCUGCCGACACUGGUGGGCCUGGCCGGGGGAUCGACCGAUGGGACGAAGCCACUGGACGGCUAUAAUGUGUGGAACGCUAUCAGUAAAGGUCACGCUUCACCCAGACUGGAGCUGCUACACAACAUUGACCCUCUCUACGUUGACAUCGCUCCAUGUCCAGGCAGUGCUUCCCAGGGGUUGCCUGUCUCUAAUGCUCCAGUGAGGCGUGGAGGCUCCACCUCCAACCCUUGGUCCUGGUCCAACUCAGGCUUCAACGUGUCUAUCCACGCUGCCAUCCGCAGCAUGCAGUGGAAGCUGCUGACUGGCUACCCAGGCUGUGACCGAUGGUUCACCCGUCCAGGCUUGGAGAACAGUUCUGGAACCAACAGUUCUGCUUCUGUCAAUCCUCUGAAGCCUGUGAUGCUGUUUGAUGUGGAGGCGGACCCAGAAGAAAGGGAUGAGGUGUCUGACCAGCACCCCAACGUGGUGGACAACCUCCUCAGGAGACUAGGCCACUACUUGCAGAGGUCUCAACCAAUCACCUUCCCUGAUGACGACCCCAGGUGUGACCCUGGCACUGGAGCCUGGGGGCCCUGGGAAUAGACACAAUGGUAAGUUGAGUCCGAGUCGUUACGUUCAACGGGGGCGUAGCUACCACAUGUCGCUGAUUCGUCAGAACCCUCCUAAAUGCUUCAGGUAUUACCACCAAAGCUCCAGUCCCCUCCUGUGUUGGUGUCAAACAGGGCCGUCAACAGGAAGAAACCCGCGGGCUUGUUCAGCCCCCAUACUUACAUGGUGAGAUCAUGGUAUCAGCAACAGCUGGGUUGUGGGUUUGGUUCCCACUUUGACUUAUCCCUGAAUGUAUGAUUUAUCGUGUGAAUGUGUUUCAUGUAAGUGGGUUUGGAUAUAAAUACUGGUAUGUGGUAACAGUAAGAUCCUUUCGCUAGUUGUAUAACUUAGCUUCGUGUAAUAACAAGCAUAUGAUUGGGGUCAGUUAACUCCUGCUGUGGUUGUCUUAGGAGUUUAUAAAUAGGUGCUAAAUGGGUUAGGAGUAUUUUAGGGGUCAGAGGUUAGAAACAUGAGGAAUGUCCCAGAUCCUGCCGGUAUGGCCAGAGACAUAACAUCCACGCCCCAAUCACACACACACUGUCUGUCUCACUAUCAGAGAGCAGCCUUGUGUGUGUGUGAUGUUUGGAUUCACUUGAAGUUCUAACUCUGUGCUACUAGGUGUCUAAAGAGAACAUGGUUCAACGAGCCAAUGAUAUAUUAACAUGUGAGACCCUCUCAGCGUAAUAUCAUGUUAAUAUGUAGUACACUUGUUAGUGCAGAAUGACAAACCGAUGUACACACAUUCCCCCCAGUGACCAUUUCCAUCUCUAAGAAACGCAUUUCCUCUACAGACACUUUAUGACCCCCCCCUCACCCCGCCCUUUGACCUCCCUCCGGCCAGCAGCAUGCUGGGUAGUCACAGGAAACGCCGCCUGCGGAGGGCCGACGGCCUGGUCACCACCGUGACCGUUGACACUUGGCCUGUAAUGUGAGCUGAUUGACCGCAGGAGAGGGACCAACUGUACCGCUAGCGACGUUUAGAAAUAACAAAAGAUGACGGUUGCAUGGCCCGGAUUUUUAGCGCAUCAUAUAUAUCCUUUGUCAAAGAGUAAACGGAAGAAAGACGUCCUCAAAUAUUCUGUAUGUCAGAAGGGAGACGCACAGCACUUUGGUGGCUAAACAUUGAUUUAGUUUAGAGUGUAGUCCCUCCCACUUAUCUCCUCAACGUUUCCAUUACUCCAGUUUGGCAGCAGCAGUGUGAUAUCACUAACUACAGCACUAACCACAACCCCCUUUUCUCUCUCACACACAUCUCUCUCACUCCUAACUGUGCUGUUGACCCAUCACCUCUUUCAUCCCUUUCUCCCUUCAUUCAUUAAGAGCUUUUUUAAAACUGUAACUCUACCUGCCAUUGUGUGUGAGUGUGAGAGAGAGUGAGAGUGAGAAUGGGGUAUACCGCCAGAGUGUGUGUCUGCUUUUCACAGCCGACACUCAUCACUGCGAACAACUGGCAGAAUAAAGGUGAAGGCCUCCUGUGGUGCAGCGGUCUAACUUGCUAACCACACCGCUCGCAUUACAAAAAUACAUGUACACACAGUUGAAGUCGGAAGUUUACAUACACUUAGGUUGGAGUCAUUUAAAACAAAUGUCUUGUUAACAAACUAUAGUUUUGGCAAGUCUGUUAGGACAUCUACUUUGUGCAUGA